AUGCCUCUGGCGCAGGCAAGAGACAGGGGUAUGAGGCUGGACCCAAUGGGCUUCCUUCCCUCGACCGCAGCUCGACGUCACCAGCCACAGGACCCUCCAAAACUUGAUUUUGGGCUGAUGGGCUUGGGGCUGGACGCUCACCUUGACCUCACCUCGCAGCUGCGACAACAAACGGAGGGCAAAAUCACUUUGAGGUCUCCCCCGAAGCUGUCGUUCUGGCCAGCCUUGGCCAUUUCUCAUCACCCAUGUACGGAUACAGCCUGCCUGGCUCCUCCUACGGACGUCACCCCUUUCCCAGAAUCAGGGUCCGACGACACCCUCCCACUUCUCUAUCCCCUCCUUACGGAUGCCCAUUUGCCCAUCUUCCUUUUGUCGUUUCGGACCCUUUGCGCAUCGAUCCCACCAAAGGAUGCCACACACCUACUGUUCAUACGAAUGGAAGAUAGCCUUGUCGCCUUUGGCGCAAUCCCCUGGACCCUGACAUCAUCCCCUCUCACAGGGUCCCUGAUCCCGCGAGACCCAACCCAAACCAACCACCCCUGUUCUCUGGUCACCCUCCAAAACCGCGACCCUGAAUAG